AGCGGCCCCAGUCGGUCCCGGUCCGGUUCCCGGCCCAGCGCGGCCCCAUGUUUUCGCCGAGCCAGGAGGAGCACUGCGCGCCCAACAAGGAGCCCGUCAAGUACGGCGAGCUCGUCGUGCUCGGGUACAAUGGCUCCCUGCCUAAUGGUGACAGAGGACGUAGGAAAAGCAGAUUUGCUCUCUACAAACGACCCAAGGCUAAUGGAGUCAAACCUAGUACUGUUCAUGUGAUUUCUACCCCCCAAGCAUCCAAGGCCAUCAGCUGUAAAGGUCAGCACAGUAUCUCUUACACAUUAUCCAGAAACCAGACGGUUGUAGUAGAGUAUACACAUGAUAAAGAUACAGAUAUGUUUCAGGUUGGCAGAUCAACAGAAAGCCCUAUAGACUUUGUUGUAACAGAUACCAUUUCUGGCAGCCAAAACAAUGAUGAAACUCAGAUCACACAAAGCACCAUAUCCAGGUUUGCAUGCAGGAUUGUCUGCGACAGAAACCCACCAUAUACAGCAAGAAUUUUUGCAGCAGGAUUUGAUUCUUCUAAAAACAUAUUUCUUGGGGAAAAAGCAGCAAAAUGGAAAAACCCUGAUGGACACAUGGACGGAUUAACAACCAAUGGCGUGCUGGUCAUGCAUCCAAAAGGAGGCUUUACAGAAGAGUCUAAACCUGGAGUGUGGCGUGAAAUCUCCGUCUGUGGUGAUGUGUAUACUCUACGAGAAACCAGAUCUGCCCAACAGAGGGGGAAGCUAGUAGAAAACGAGACCAACGUCCUACAAGAUGGCUCUCUCAUUGACCUGUGCGGAGCCACCCUUCUGUGGAGAACAGCGGAUGGCCUCUUUCACACCCCGACUCAGAAACACAUCGAAGCCCUGCGACAGGAGAUAAACGCUGCCAGGCCACAGUGCCCCGUUGGGCUGAACACUUUAGCGUUUCCCAGCAUUAACCGCAAAGAUGUGGUGGAAGAGAAACAGCCUUGGGCUUACCUCAGCUGUGGCCACGUUCACGGGUAUCAUAACUGGGGACAUCGCAGUGACACAGAAGCCAAUGAGCGGGAGUGUCCCAUGUGCAGAACCGUUGGGCCCUACGUGCCUCUCUGGCUUGGUUGCGAGGCAGGGUUUUAUGUGGAUGCCGGUCCUCCAACUCAUGCUUUCACCCCUUGUGGACACGUGUGCUCUGAGAAGUCGGCAAAAUACUGGUCUCAGAUCCCACUGCCUCACGGUACUCAUGCAUUUCAUGCCGCCUGCCCUUUCUGUGCAGCACAGCUGUCUGGGGAGCACAACUGCGUCAAGCUAAUUUUCCAGGGUCCAGUUGACUGAUACCAUUUUGCAGAUGACCACAAUAACAUUUUCUUUGUUAACAAUUUACUGUGAAGAUUUUGCCACUAACUCUAGAUUUUACAUUUUUAUAAUGUUAUUAAUCGGGUGAUGGGGGGAGGGCUGUCGGGGAGGAUGUUGAAGGGUGGGGUUAACACGGGGAUACAUUGAUACCUGGAACCUGGCAGAUAUCAGUGGUGUUGCAUGCUCAACAGCGGCAUAUUCAUGAAGUUGUCUCAGUCAAAUUGUAGUAUAUUUGUAAUCUUUUUAUUAGCACCCUUGAUCAGAGAAAAAGAUGUCUUAACGAUUUUUUUAAUCCUUGGAUUUUCUAAUGGAAGGGUUUUUUCAUCUAAACUUUGACAAGCCUUUAAAACCUAUUUUUCAAAUCAAGAAAGAACAUGCAGAAUGUAAUUUGUCUUUCAUUUGCAAUGUUAUUAACUUGAACAGUUUCUCAAGGAGCCAACGCAGAAUGCACGGACAGCUGCAGGUGAAUGUUCACAAGACACAACUGUCAAUUUGGGUUGAGACAUGAAAGAUUAGCUGCAAAAAUUGUUGCAUAUAUAAAGCUGUUAAAAUUACCUGUUAGGAUAAAAUACAGCUCACCAAAAAGGAUUGAGGAUUACUUGAAACUGGGGAAUUCCUGUUUGCUUUGAUUUCCUUUCAGUAUAGUGGAUAACCAGUAUUCGUGAUAUACAGUUGAUCUUUUUUAACCUGCAUCUGGUGCAACUGAAUUACUUUUACAUGCUGUUGUUUAAGCCUUUUACAAGACUUUCUGUAUACUUGUAGCUCUGCCUUUGCUUUCUUUCUGCUUGGUGUAGUUUUCCCCUUGCUGCUUACUUGCAUGCCUGGAGCAAUUGGGUUAAUGAAGGUAUAGCAACCCUUUAAAACUGUACUAAUGAAGGGGUAGCACUGCAGUUAAUAGAAAGAAAGUUGAGGUACUGUUAUACAGAACGUAUGCACAUAGACCUGAAUCUAGUAAAGCACUUGGCAUGUGCUUAAAUUUAAACAUAAAUAGCCGUAUUAACUUCAGUGGAACUACUGGUAUUAAGUGCUUCACUGGCCUGGGGCCACAUACUGCUGUCUUUUGAAAUACAAAAGUCUAGUUGAGAAUAAGCUACUAUUUUUUAAGCUCACUUACUAGCCACAGUGCUGUAAGGAGAGCAUCCUUCCUACUCUAACUGCAAUUUUUAUUCCUUUUUUGACUUACUGCCACCUGUCACCAUUCCUUGCAGCCUGAGAAGUGCUGGUCUCCUCCCCCCCCCGCAUAAUUGUUUGUAAAUCAAACAAAAUUCAAAUGUAAUCAUUAAAUACACACAUCAGAGUGGUACAUCUGCAGUAGAUGAUUUGAAAUUUCUAUUUUUUUUUUUAAGAGAGCAAAUAAAUGUUUACUGUGGAAAUAAUUAAAUCAGCAUUUCAUAUGAGAUCUACCAUACCACUCUGUCAGCGUUAUUUCAUUUAGAAUAAUAAUUCUUUGAUCCUUGCUCUCUGUACUCGUAGUAUCUGAGGUAUCAAUCUAUCCAGGUUGAAAAAGACUUUGGGAGAAAAUCAUCACGUCUGAAGUGACACUGAUUACUCAAAACUCAGUUCUGUUAAACCGAUUGCAGCUUUUUUUUUUGCUAUAUUUGUGCCCUUUGUAUAAAUAUAUAAUUUAUAUGAUUUUAAUAUAUUGUGUAUAUAUAUACUUGAAUUGGCCUGUUCAUAUUUGGGUUGUAAAAUUGUUUUAUAGUUAACCUUUUAAACAUUUUAAAUGUCCUUCACCUAUGGAGACAGGACAUACCUUGUCUGCUGCUGUUUAAUAUAAUUUUGCUGUAUAAAAUUCAGCAUUUUAAUAAUUUGAAAAUAGCUUUACUUUUUCUUUUGCUUAGUUUUUCAGCAUCCUUCUUUUUUGCUGUUAACGUUCUGUUUAUUCUGCAGUACAAAUCCCAAAUGGUCCGGUUUGCUCGUCCCACUCAGCGAUUGGAAAUAGGGCAAAUCUUGUUCGCCUCGAACUCGACGCCUCUUCCUAGUGCCUUUUCUCUGAGAUCAUCUUGUGAUUCUGUAUUCAGAGUCCUUACUUCCACAAGGCAGCCUUGUGGUUAACGCUCCACCAAGAAGGGUAAUUCAGCCAGACGGGAAAAAAAGUUGCUUUCAUUUCCGGCAUAACUAUAAGAGGGUGCCUCUUCCCUAAUCUGUCUUCAGCAUAAUUUCCUCAGGUCCCAUAUGCAUCCUUUCUACUGAGCAUAUACCUCAUCUGUGGAAGCAGGUUCCACCUUGUUCGUACUGGACUUUGUUACCGAUGGAUCUUUUUGUCACAAGAGUUCACAAGUGAAAUCACACUUUCAGGUAAAAACGUGUAUUCUUGUCUCCAUGUCACAAGACCUAAUAAUUGUCAGUAGAGAGAAACACUGAUAGUCAGAGCCUUAGAGUUUGUUUGUAGGUGGUUCCCCCUC